GGAGGGUCAGGUGUCGCCGAGCGCGGCAAGCGGGUUCCAAGUGGCUGCAGGCGGCCUGGGCUGCCGGGGCCGACGCCUGGGUGGCUGCUGCCGCCGCCGCGCCUGCUGCGAGAUGGCGAUCUUGGGCGCGGAAGGGUGAGGGCGCCCGCCGCUGGAGGAGGCGCCGCUGCUGUGGCCGCCCGACCGCCGGGAGCCGACAGCUUUGCGCCGGGUUUGUCUCCUCACUAGACUAUGAGCUCCUUGAAAGAAGGAAUCGUGUCUUACUCAUCUUUAUAUCCCCAGUGUCUAGCACAGUUCCUGGUACAUAGUAUAAGCUGAAUAUUGGGACAUGGCCACUGCUUCACCACGGUCUGAUACUAGUAAUAACCACAGUGGAAGGUUACAAUUACAGGUAACUGUUUCUAGUGCCAAACUAAAAAGAAAAAAGAACUGGUUUGGAACAGCAGUUUAUACAGAAGUAAUUGUAGAUGGAGAAAUUAAGAAAACAGCAAAAUCCAGUAGUUCUUCUAAUCCAAAAUGGGAUGAACAGCUAACCGUACAUGUGACCCCACAGUCUACAUUGGAAUUUCGAGUUUGGAGUCAUUAUACUUUAAAAGCCGAUGCUUUAUUAGGAAGAGCAACAAUAGAUCUGAAACAAGCUCUGUUAAUACACAAUAGAAAAUUGGAAAGCGUGAAAGAACAAUUAAAACUUUCUUUGGAAAACAAGAAUGGCAUAGUGCAAACUGGUGAAUUAACAGUUGUGCUCGAUGGACUGGUGAUUGAGCAAGAAAAUCUAACAAACUGCAGCUCAUCUCCAACCAUAGAAAUACAGCAAAAUGGUGAUGCCUUACAUGAAAAUGGAGACCCUUCAACAAGACCAACCUCCAGGUUGGCUGUUGAAGGUACUAAUGGAACAGAUAAUCAUGCACCCACAAGCAGUCUAGUUCAAAACUCAUGCUGUUCAUAUGUAGUUAAUGGAGAUAGCACACCUUCAUCUCCGUCUCAGGUUGCUGCCAGACCCAAAGCCACACCAGCUCCAAAACCACUCACAUCUGAGCCUGCCAAUGACACUGUUAAUGGAGAAUCAUCCUCAUCUGCACCAACCGAUAAUGCUUCCACCACGGGUACUGCAAUAGUAUCUGAAGAAAAUGCCUUGUCUUCAAAUUGCACUAAUACUACUGUUGAAGAUCCUCCAGUUCAAGAAAUACUGACUUCCUCAGAAAACAAUGAAUGUAUUCUUUCUAACAGUGCAGCAUUUGGAUCUGAAACGAGAAGUACUUUAGACCUUGCUGCCUCUAAUUCUGGAAAUAAUUCUGCUUUUGAGGCAGCCAAAUUAAGACAGCCAGAUGGGUGUGGGGAACCUGUACGGCAGCAGUCUGGAAGUACCAACACAGAAACGUUGCCAUCAGGGUGGGAACAGAGAAAAGAUCCUCAUGGUAGAACUUACUACGUGGAUCAUAAUACUCGAACGACUACAUGGGAGAGGCCACAACCUUUACCUCCAGGUUGGGAAAGAAGAGUUGAUGAUCGUGGCAGAGUUUAUUAUGUGGAUCAUAACACCAGAACAACAACCUGGCAGCGGCCUACCAUGGAGUCUGUUCGAAACUUUGAGCAGUGGCAGUCUCAGCGGAACCAAUUGCAAGGAGCUAUGCAACAGUUCAACCAGAGAUACCUCUAUUCGGCUUCAAUGUUAGCUGCAGAAAAUGACCCAUAUGGGCCUUUGCCACCAGGCUGGGAAAAAAGAGUGGAUUCAACCGACAGGGUUUACUUUGUGAAUCAUAACACAAAAACAACCCAGUGGGAAGAUCCCAGAACUCAAGGCUUACAGAAUGAAGAACCUCUGCCAGAAGGCUGGGAAAUUAGGUAUACUCGGGAAGGUGUUAGGUACUUUGUUGAUCAUAAUACAAGAACUACAACAUUCAAAGAUCCUCGCAAUGGGAAAUCAUCUGUAACUAAAGGUGGUCCACAGAUUGCUUAUGAACGCAGCUUUAGAUGGAAACUUGCCCACUUCCGUUAUUUGUGCCAGUCUAAUGCACUACCCAGUCAUGUAAAGAUCAAUGUAUCCAGACAGACACUAUUUGAAGAUUCCUUCCAACAGAUUAUGGCAUUAAAACCCUAUGACUUGAGAAGGCGAUUAUAUGUAAUAUUUAGAGGAGAAGAAGGACUUGAUUAUGGUGGUCUAGCAAGAGAAUGGUUUUUCUUGCUUUCACAUGAAGUUUUGAACCCCAUGUAUUGCUUAUUUGAGUAUGCUGGCAAGAACAACUAUUGUCUUCAAAUAAAUCCAGCAUCAACCAUUAACCCAGACCAUCUUUCAUACUUCUGUUUUAUUGGUCGCUUUAUUGCUAUGGCACUUUUUCAUGGGAAGUUUAUUGAUACUGGUUUCUCUUUACCAUUCUACAAACGUAUGCUAAGUAAAAAACUGACUAUUAAGGAUUUGGAAUCUAUUGAUACUGAAUUUUACAACUCCCUUAUCUGGAUAAGAGAUAACAACAUUGAAGAAUGUGGCUUAGAAAUGUACUUUUCUGUUGACAUGGAAAUUUUGGGAAAGGUUACUUCGCAUGACCUGAAGUUAGGAGGUUCCAAUAUCCUGGUGACUGAGGAGAACAAAGAUGAAUAUAUCGGUUUAAUGACAGAGUGGCGUUUUUCUCGAGGAGUGCAGGAACAGACCAAAGCUUUCCUUGAUGGUUUCAAUGAAGUCGUCCCUCUUCAAUGGCUGCAGUACUUUGAUGAGAAAGAAUUAGAGGUUAUGUUGUGUGGCAUGCAGGAGGUUGACUUGGCAGAUUGGCAGAGAAAUACUGUGUAUCGACAUUAUACAAGAAACAGCAAGCAAAUCAUUUGGUUUUGGCAGUUUGUGAAGGAGACAGACAAUGAAGUAAGGAUGCGACUAUUACAGUUUGUCACUGGAACCUGCCGUUUACCUCUAGGAGGAUUUGCUGAGCUCAUGGGAAGUAAUGGGCCUCAAAAAUUUUGCAUUGAAAAAGUUGGCAAAGACACCUGGUUACCAAGAAGCCACACAUGUUUGUGCUACUAAUAUUAAAAAGGAUGAACCUAGGAUGGCUGAUGUCAGUUUUGUACACUGGCCAUUUCUUCAAAGCCAGAGUGACAUGAAACUCCAUAAAAGACGACAAUAUUUGCAACGAAGCAAAAACUGGCUUGGUUUAAAAACAAGAUUUCUCAUCUAAAUGCUCUUUAAAGAGAAAGGGUAAAUCUUAGAAAAAAAAAAUUAAACUUUUUGUAAUGUGACAGAUAUUAACUAGACUUUAUUUUAUAAUUUACAACAUGUGCAAUUAUUGAAUCCUUACGCUGUACACCUGAAACUAAUGUUAAUUGUCAAUUAAACCUCAAAAAAAUUUUUUAACUAAACAUUUAAAUAAAUUAAUGAUUUUAAAUGGCUGUAUAAUCUUGAAUAACACAGUUAACUUGUCAGAGCCUCCUCUCAGAAAGCUGAAUCAUAAUAAAGGACCAUUUCAGAACUGUAGUUCUAAACUCAGUAGCAAUCUAUUUCUUACUCUGGUGAUCUUUAUAAAAUAAAGACUAAAAACUGAUAAUAUUUAGUGCAAAGAGAAGUAUAUUAGAUUAAGUAACAUUUUUGUCUUAAAAAUGCCUAUUAUAAAGCACUCAUACAAUUUUAACUAUAUUAGUAGAUGAAAUAGAAAAAUGUUACCUUGCUCUGCCCUGUGAAAGUAGCCUAAUGCCUGUUAAAAACAUGAAGAGUCCAAACAUAAUGAAAACAGAAUCAAUAUAUAAAAAAACAUUUCUUCAAAAGGAAGUAAAUUAAAACAUAUUAAAAUAAAGGUCAACUUAUCAACAGUGAAAGUUAACACAGGAAAACUGAAUGUUUUUAAAUCAUCAGAGCACAGAUUACAGGAGAUGGACAACUUCUAGUAAUAACUUGAUUGCUGUUUAGAACUUGAACCAAACCAGCAUCAAGUGAAGAGAAGAAAGAACAUUACCAUAUGCAACUCAGCUAUUUUGAUCCUUCUUAAGUCUUAACAGUCACUACCUGUAAAAACUUAGUAAAAUCAAAAGCUAAAUUAUACUCAGUGAUACAUAGGUUGUACCAAUAAACUUUUAAAAGUCUUUAUUAUUGAAAUUCAAACAUAAAAUGUUAUUGAGUCUGAAACUUCCCUUUUUUGUCCCAUUUAAGCUGUUUUAUAAAUUAUGAUUUCCUAGAAACAUAACUUUUAUUAUAGUAGAGCCAACUGUAUCUUUUUUCCUUAGAAUACAUUAUUUUUAAUAAUACAUAUUCCCAGCUGUGUUCUGAUUAUUCAGUUAAUAUUUUUUUAAUUUUUUUAUUUAUUAAGGAUUUUAUUUAUUUAUUUGACAGACAUCACAAGUAGGCAGAGAGAGAGGGGAGGAAGCAGGCUCCCUGCUGAGCAGACAGCCCAAUGUGGGAUCCCAGAACCCUGGGAUCAUGACCCGAGCCAAAGGCAGAGGCCACUGAGCCACCCCAGCGCCCAUCAACUAAAUAUUUUAAUAUCAAAUUCUACACCAUAGCCUGCCAGAAGAAAAAAUAGCUCCUUGUCAUGAUACAAGUACUAGGAAAGCUCUUUCGUGGCCUUAUUUCCUUACUCUGAACAUUUUAGUGGUGUAAGUUAGUGUUUUCCCAGAAAUCCCUUUCAAAUUUUAUUUUCAACAAGAAAAACAAAAGGCCUUAAAAAUAUGAGUGUAGGGACGCCUGGGUGGCUCAGUUGGUUAAGCAGCUGCCUUCAGCUCAGGUCAUGAUCCCAGCGUCCUGGGAUCGAGUCUCACAUCGGGCUCCUUGCUCGACAGGGAGUCUACUUCUCCCUCUGUCUCUGCCUGCCAUUCUGUCUGCCUGUGCUUGCUCUCCCCAUCUCUCUCUCUGAUAAAAAAAAAAAAAAAAUGAGUGUAUAUAUCAGUGACACUGAUGAGAAUAAACUAAACGCCUUUGUACCCCCCCCCAAAAAAAUUAGCGUAUAAGCCUUGCAACCCUGCUUUCUAAAAAAGUUAUAAAUUACUCUUCCUUUAUCUAUACAAAUACACGAUUUCCUAGGUAAAUUACUGUUAAUGUGUAAAACAUAUAUCUAAAACUCGUGCUGAGUAACAGCUGCUGAAUUUAUUCUAUUUUAUGACUUUUAUAUGGUGUAGAUUUCAAAUAGAAAACAAUAGUAGAUUUUUGCAUGAGCUAUUACAGCUGACAUUAUACCAGAAUCAUUAGCCACUCACCUAAAUAAAAAAAAAAAAACACUCACCAGUCAUAGAUUAUAAGUAUUAAGCCUUUGUGAUAAGAUUGCUGCACUGGAUGGUUAGAAACAUGCUCAAAGGCCUCAGGGCUCAGAGCUGCAGAUCUGGACACUGUAGAAUGGCACUGUAGUUAAGAAAUCAGUACUAACUUAACAAAGGACAGCACACUACCUCCUCAUAGGUGGAACUAGGAGGAGUUGCGAACAGCACUUUAGCAAUUCUUCUCUGAUACCAAGGCAUUUCAGCAAAUGUAUAACACCUACAGAGAAAAAACAGACCUCUCAGUUGCAUCUUUUUUCCUCUUACAGAAAAACUAAGCAUCUUAACAGAUAUAAAAGAUAGUUUCUUCUGUUGGUAUGUUUAAACAAUUUGCACUUUACAUAACAUCCAUUAGGUUAAUAUUCCCAGUGAAUUACCCAGAGACUGAUUUAUAUUGAUCCAUCAAUUAGGAUGUGUUCGUGAUUAAAUGUAAGUAAGCAACAGUACUAGUAAUGAAAACAUAGUAUUUGUCGUUCAUCACUAAGUGCUGACUCUGUUCUAGGUGCUCGGUGAUUAUCUCUCAUUUACUCUUAGGAUCAUUACCCCUAUUUUUUUAGAUAAGAAAAACUAACUCAGAGUAGUUAAAACAAAAACAAAAACUAAACAUGGUAUGUAUAAAUAACAAUGGCAAGAACCAAUUUAAGUCUGCCUACUGAAAAGAGUGAGGCAAAUGAUUAACAUCCAAAGAUCUUGGCAACUUUCUGAUACAGGUAGGGAAAAAAGUACUGCAUCUUUGACUAAGGGUCCGAACUCCUAAGGGAACAACUGUAUCUCAUUCAUGGUCCCUCCCUAGCACUGUCUAGCCAUUAUCAUUAGUUAGUUUAAUAUUGCCCUUUGUCCUGAAGGAUAUUUAACUCCUUUUUAAGAAUCCUUUUAAGAAUCAGAUACAGGGGGCCCCUGGGUGGCUCAGUGGGUUAAGCCUCUGCCUUUGGCUCAGGUCAUGAUCUCAGGGUCCUGGAAUCAAGCUCUGCACCUGGCUCUCUGCUCAGCAGGGAACCUGCUUCCUCCUCUAUCUCUCUCUCUGCCUCUCUGCCUACUUAUGAUCCUUCUCUUCCUGUCAAAUAAAUAAAUAAAAUCUUAAAAAAAAAAAAAAAAAAAGAAUCAGAUACGGGAGGGCGCCUGGGUGGCUCAGUGGGUUAAGCCUCUGCCUUCAGCUCAGGUCAUGAUCCCAGGGUCUUGGGAUCGAGCCCCGCAUCAGGCUCUCCACUUAGCAGGGAGCCUGCUUCCUCCUCUCUCUCUCUGCCUGCCUCUCUGCCUACUUGUGAUCUGUCUGUCAAAUAAAUAAAUAAAAUCUUAAAAAAAAAAUCAGAUACAGGACUGUCUACACCAUUUAUUUAUAAGACAAUAAAAUACUCAGGUCUGCGAACUACACCCAAAGAAAACAGCGGCAAACCUGUCUCAAGUUUGCUGCUCAUACCAGCAAAAUAAUGCUGUACACUAGACAAAUGGAAAGAUACUGAAAGUCAGAUUAUUUUAUUCCUCAGAUGAAUCAGACUGUAUUUGACAGACCUUGAAGAUGCGAAGACCCUCUUCAGGCAUCGAACUGUGUUGCUAUAUAGUUAGACCAAUCCAAUUUCAUUUAGCCUUGUAAGUAAAAACAGUCUCUCCUAACAAAAGGAAUUUCAAAGUCUAGCAAAAAUUUUAAUGCCUUUUUCAUUUUAACAUAUAUUUCUAAAUGAGUUACAAUGGUUAACAUGAUCACAAUCAAACUUAGUGAUACAUCACAACUACUAGUUAAUGAAGUGAACUAGUUAAUGAACAUUAUUACUACUAGUAAUAAUGAACCGAACACUCAUGAAUGCCAAAUACUUUUAAAUACUUUACAGCUUGGUAUUAUAUACUACAAAAUAAGAUCAUAGUAACUACCACUGAAAUAUUUAUUUAAAGAAAUGUUCUUACCAAAUACCCAUAAGGUGAAUUGAGGUAGCAUCUUUUGGGUUCAGUUCAAUUGCUUUCUAACAAGAAAUGAGAAAGUCAAUCAUAUUUGUUUUCUAAACACAAAUGAGUAUUAUGUUUGCUGAAAAAGUCAUGAUAAAAAAAAUUUUUUUGGCAACCCUACAUUUUGAUUCUUCUAUGAUAAUACCAAUUUUUUCCCCUCUUCAUUCAAUGUGAUUAAAUUCAUUUCAAUACACCGUUAGUGACUUGUAUUAAAGGUAACUCUUACAAAGCUCAGCAACUAACAGGAUUUAUCAGUAUGAGAAAAAACAUGAAAUUUUUAAAUGAAUCGAUUUUGAAAACCAAUCUAUAGUUCUCAAUGUUUCUUCUAGAUUAGAGGAAAAAUAAUUUAAUUUUGCAAGUUCUGCAUGAAUACUGGACUAAAUGGUAUUCUUAAAGGAGAAUAAAGUACUUAAUACUUUUACAAAGUUUCUUCCUUUAUGUACGUUUUGUUCAACUUCAUCUAUACUCAACAAAGGAAAAAUAAAUACUACUUAUUUACAGAAUUUAUUAGUAAAAUAUAUACAAUGUAAUACACUGAUAGUCUUCCUAAUUUCAAUUUACUAUAUGAAAGUCCUAUGUGAAUUAAUGUGAAGCAUAAACUAUGGAACAAGUUUAAAGCAACUGUUUCUCCUUUUAUCCACUAUUUUGUUGAAAGUCUUUGAGAAACAUGUCAGAUUAAUGUAAAUUCUAUUAAAAAUAAGAGAUCCUUGGGGCGCCUGGGUGGCUCAGUGGGUUGAACCGCUGCCUUCGGCUCAGGUCAUGAUCUCAGCGUCCUGGGAUCGAGUCCCGCAUCGGGCUCUCUGCUCGGCAGGGAGCCUGCUUCCCUCUCUCUCUCUCUCUGCUUGCCUCUCCAUCUACUUGUGAUUUCUCUCUGUCAAAUAAAUAAAUAAAAUCUUUAAAAAAAAAAAAAAUAAGAGAUCCUUCUAAAAAAAAAAAAACUGAGACCUCCUAUCUUGUGUUUUUCUGUAAACCCACGUUUUCAUUUCAGUCAGUAAUGUGUGAGAUACACAUUUUGAAGUAUUUGUAUUGGUUACCAGUAGGGUCUCUGAAGCCAGACUACCAGGGUUCAGAUCACAGCUCCAAGUUUUCACCUUGGCAAGUUCUCUCUUCUUGCCAUGCCGGAGUUUGCUGUUUUAUAGAACUGAUAGAGUAAUAUACCUACAUUAUAGAGUUGUGCUAAAUAUUAAAUGAGCAACUAACAGGAGGUACUUAACGUAGUAAUAUCUUCUAUAACCAGCAUAAAUUUACUUUUAAAAAGUACCACUUAAUUUAUUACUGAUGCUAAUGAAUGGUAUCAGUAGUAGAGGUAAUAGCUAGAAUAAGGCUAAUAACCAGGUAUGACUUAGCAGAAAUCUUGCUUCAUUAAUAUGAAUAAAGAAUCAGCACUGACUUUAUUUUACUUUUCCAUUAAACAGUGAUAUGACUCAUAGCAAAAUAUGUCUUAAAAUAUACACAACUCAUACACUAAGAAACCUUUCCUAAUCAGAGUUCCACUAGAAAAUUAAACCCUACAAAAAAUUGUAUGAAUAACUGUUUUCUCCAAUCUACCAAGAAUGGUAUAGAGCUAGUCUCAUUCUAGAUGCAAGGAAGAGAAGUUAAUUCAGAACAUGCAGUGGAUGCCUGGGGGAAUUUAAUUUUUUUAUGGGAUGGGUUGAGAAGGACUACUCUCAAGCAAACACUUUCUUUUUUAAUUCUUGCCAUUAGUUUGUUUUCAAAACAAUCCAAAGAUAGGGGCACCUAGCUGGCUCAGAGGACCAUGCUUGAGCCCCAUGUUGGAUGUAGAGAUUACUUAAAAUCUUAAAAAAACAACAAAAAUAACCCAAAAAUAAUAAUUCCUUAUGGUUUUAAAUAUAAUAAUGGAAUUAGGAAUAAUAGUAUAAAUGAUCUUUUUAGUAUGUAAAUACUAAAUACUAUCAUUUUAAAAAUAUACUUAAUCGGACACCUGGGUGGCUCAGUUGGUUGGACGACUGCCUUUGGCUCAGGUCAUGAUCCCGGAGUCCUGGGAUCGAGUCCCACAUCGGUCUCCCAGCUCCAUGGGGAGUCUGCUUCUCCCUCUGACCUUCUCCUCGCUCAUGCUCUCUCUCACUGUCUCUCUCUCUCAAAUAAAUAAAAUCUUAAAAUAAAAUAAAAUAAAAUAAAAUAAAAUAAAAAUAUACUUAAUACAUAUUUGAGAUCUGCAAAACAUAGAUUUUUUUUUUUUUUAAGAUUUUAUUCUUUAUUGACAGAGGGAGAAGCAGACUCCCCACUGAGCAGAGAGCCCAAUGUGGAGUUCAAUCCCGGGACCCUAGCUCAUGAACUGAGCUGAAGGCAGAUGCUUAACCAACUAGCCACCCAGGGGCCCCAAAAUACUGGUUUUUAAAGAAACAAUCUAUAGUCUCUGUUUCCACUAAUAUAUUUUUUGCAAUUUUUUCAUGAUUUAUAUUGGAAGAUAUUUGUCAUAUAUUCUACACACUAUGGCACAAUAACUCAUGUGAUUUAUUUAAUGCCACUGAGCAAAUUAUGACAUUUCACAGAAUCUAAGAUACCAUGAAAAUUACUACAUAUCAUUUUUUAUCUAUCACUAAAAAGAAAAAAGCACUGCCUAUUAAAAGAUACCACUGAUUAUAAUGCACUGUGAUUUCAAAGGUCUUACAAUGUGAAAAAGUUGCAUAUUAUUAAACUGAAAUACAUGUAUGUAUAUGCAUACACACACGUACACAUGUCUGUGUAUACAUACUACUGAUGCCAGAAUAAAAGCUAGAUCUCCUGA